UUAAUACGAGGAUUGACUGUUUACACGACUAGAAGCAAUUUCUUUUUGAAAUUGGUUCCAGGUCCGGACGUCAAUCUAAGUUGUUGAAUUUUACAGAACACAUUGUCACAAAUUCUCACAGCAAAAUGGCAGAAGGAGGAAGUUUACAACCAGACGAUGAAAUACACGAUCUUCGAUGUCAGACAGAGAGGUUGUCGUAUUGUCAGGUUCUGAAUACUUCCGGUGGAUAUGUCUUCACUGUGACUGAUAUGACUCGAUUUCUUCGGUUUCUUAUCCUUGGAACGGAGAACGGCGUAUAUAACCACGACGAAAAAGAAUUGACACGAGAAAAUGUCCUGAGCAUUGACAGACUGAUUAUCAAUGACCGAGGUGUGGAAGUGGUACAAAGGAUUGUAGAAGUCAGUGAAGCUGGCCGUGCCUGUAAACAAAACUGUACAGUUUAUGCUCUAGCUAUUUGUGCUAGGUCAAAUGACCCAGAUACAAAAAGGGCUGCAUAUGAUGCACUAUCCACUGUGUGCAAAAUCCCUACCGACCUUUUUGCCUUCAUUGAGUACUGUGAACAAUUUAGUGCUGGAACUGGUUGGGGCAGAGCACAUCGUCGCGCCAUUGCAAAAUGGUACAACAAUUUCAAGGACAACGUCACAACACUUGCUUACAAGGUAACCAAGUUCCGCAGACGUCAUAAAUGGGAACACAAAGAUGUUGUUCGCCUAGCCCACAUACAUCCAACAUCAGAGCCAUUACGACUUCUUAUUAGGUACCUUGUUCGAGGUCUGGGCGAAGCCAAAAAACUGCAGAUGCCAGCUGCUGCAAAGGAGAUGGAAACCUGGCAGAAGGUAUAUAUCUAUCUUGAAGCAGUAGAAAAAGCCUUACACUGUAAAGAAGAAUCUGAUAUAGUGGAGUUGAUUCAGAAGCAUGGUCUGGUACGAGAGCAUGUACCCACACCUUUACUGAUGUCUGUACCAGUUUGGAAAACAUUACUGAAGAACAUGCCGAUGAAUGCCACCAUCCGUAAUCUCGGCAAAAUGGGUAGCCUCCAUAUGAUAGAGGAAGGGUCUGAAGAGGAAAAAAUUAUAUUAGACAGACUUAAAAGUCAUACUGCCCUGAAGAAAUCCAAGAUUCAUCCUUUCAAGAUCUUGGUUGCAUUGAAAAUUUACAGUAAAGGUAAAGGUGAAAAGGGAAAGCUUACCUGGCCUCGCAACAAAAACAUUGUUGAAGCAUUGGAAAAAGCUUUCUACUUGUGUUUUGAUAAUGUGGAGCCAACCAACAAGAAAUACUGCUUGGCAGUAGAUGUUAGUGGGUCUAUGGAUACUGCCAUGAUGGGUAUAGAAUCUAUGACGGCCAGGGAUGGAGCAGCCGCUAUGAUGAUGGUCACUGCUAGGACAGAGCCUGACUAUGAGGUUUACGCCUUUUGUCACAAACUGGACAAGUUACAUAUACAGAAAACAGAUACACUGAAAAAUGUAUGUGACAGGAUGUCUUCCUUGAAUUUUGGAGCCACUGAUUGCUCUUUACCAAUAUUGCAUGCCCUCUCAGACAAGAAGAGAUUUGAUGUGUUUAUAGUGUAUACAGAUUCUGAGACCUACUUCCAAGGCCUACAUCCCAGCCAACUAAUGCAGAAAUACCGAAUCAAAACAGGAAUUAAGGAUGCUCGCAUGAUCGUGGUGGGUUUGACCAGCACAGGGUUCACCAUUGCUGAACCUGAAGACAAAUACAUGCUGGAUGUAGUUGGAUUUGACACCAAUGCCCCACAAGCCAUGAAAAGUUUUAUUGAGGGAGACUUUUAGUAACUCAAUCACAUAAGAUAUAACUUUUAAACAAAAUAGUAAGGAUGGAUAAGCAUGGAUCAUAUGAAAUACAGCCGUAAAAUAGUGGAUAUCACAGUUAAAGGAUGAUUCUGGAAAAAAAAAGAAUUUUAAAGGAGUGUAUAUUGAACAAAGGCUUGUGAAAAUAGCUAUUAUUUUGUCCUUUUUUGUAUGGAAAAGUACAUCUAUCAUUUUACAUAUGUAAACAAAAUUUAAAAAAUGUUGUACAUAUCUGUUGCCUCCCUUAACAUGAAGACCAAAAGUACAUGUUUUGUUGCCUGAUGUUUAAAAAAAGUAAAAAAAAAACAUGUAAAUCUAUUUCAGAAAUAUUUCCAAUGCCUUUGGUUCAUUAUUACAUAUUAAUGAACUUCAUCCGUUUCCAUAUCAUUGUUCAUUUUAAUCUGUAUCCAUGUGAACCUGCUAUACUGUGAUGAUAUAUUUGAUUAUUUCCAUUGAAGUUGUAUAUAUAUUAUCUUAACUCAUAAGUCCAAUGUAUUAAUGUAUCAUUUUGACACCUUCGAAACUGCUGUGGGCUACACGUCUUUACUGGAUAAAGAUAUUUAUUACCUUGUGGAAAAAUCAAUGUUAUUUUGGUUUUUUUCUUUACUAUCAUCUUUCUUUCAAAUAUUUCAUAUUUAGGUGUUUUUUUUUAUUUUUUUUGCCAAGUUAACAACUAAGGCUAUUCUGAAGCAGGCUGUCCUUGUAGUAGCUGAUGGCUACUCACUGAACUACCUGUUUCAUGAUUUCGUAAUCAAUUGAGGAUAGUGAAUUUUAUUCAUUUUGCUAUGGUUAUAUUGAAUCUGAGUUUGAAUUUUAAUUUUAAAAGGACGAAGGCACAACUGUGAAGGUCAUUCCUCAGCUUAUCAUAAUUGUUGUUCAACUUCUAAAUAGUCACAUUACACAUUGGAAACACUUGUGUGGCAAACUUAUACCACAUCGGAAACACUUGUAUGGCAAAUUUAUACCUCCUGAACCAGCCUAUUACAGAUUUGGUGUCAUUCAUUACUCCAAUGGUAGAAGCUAGAAGGAAUGAAACGCUUCGUGGAGCUUAAGAACAUGGGUUGUCGUUGUCUCAGGGGUUGAAAACUUUGUGAAGAAGUGCCAAGUUUAAUUUCCCUUUAAUCAAGUAGUAUAGUGUCCGGUUAGAAACCGAAUGCUGGUUACGGCAAACCUCGGGGACUUAAAAGUCCACUGGCAGUGUCUACCACCUGCUAUAUCAAAGAUUGUACAAGACACACUAGUGAAUAGCACAUUUUCAUAAUUUAGAAUGAGAUAUAGGAGAACCUAACAAGGAAUUAAACUGCAUCCUACAUCUGUUUUGUCCUUCUAAUCAGCAUUAGCAGCUUGAAACAAUCAAACCACAAGUUUUUAUUUCUAUAUGUCAAGACCACACUAGGAAUUAUUUGUAUAAAAAAAUAUGUCAUUGUAAGUAAUUGUCAAUUAUUGCUUCCUUUUCAUCAGAUACUGAAAUAUUCCCUGCUUUAACAAAAGUAGGCUUCAUCGAUAAUUAAGAAAUUUUAUUGGGUAAUGCACGAUAAUUCCAAAGACGAAGUGUCUAGCAAAUCAUGCUACGGUUUUACAAUCUUUCUGUUUAUCGGUCAAAAUAAAUUCAUGGAUAACGGAAAUUCAUCGUUUUAUUGCUGACUAAUAAUGUUGUGCGAUCCAAGCUUUUAA